UUUGAACAGUGAACAUCGUGCAUUCGCGUGAAUUCUCUAGCGCCACCAGACCAGCAGUAGUUUCGUGCGUUGUGCGUGGAAUUUUGGUUUCUUCUGAGCAGUGCGUUUUAUUAGGUGCCACCAAACCUGUCGCAGUUUUCCAGCCCAUCAAACCUUGGCCCCAACAAGUCACCCGUUGUAAGUCGCUCAGAGCCUUCAGUUCGGUUCAAGCUAGAGGAGGACAUUAUCGGCAGUCUCAGUGUGAGUAGUGCCAGUGCCAGUGGUAGCAACAAUGAAGACAGCCUAGAAAUUAUGGAGGAAAUAGAUAUUCCAGACGAUGAAAGUACACAGGAUAACGACGCUAGCGGUAGCAUUUCGGAAAACCUUGUUCUUAGUGCAGCUCCCGCUGAAAACGUGCCUCAACGGUCUGUAGACAACAGUAAAAUAGCGACCGACAGAAAAAAGCAGUUGUUUGAUAUUGACAAUGAACUGCCCGGUGAAUCGGGUGUUCGGAAAUUCGACAUUGAUGAUUUGCAACUGUCCGGUGAUGAAAUAGCUCAACAUUUUCAAUCAUUUAGUGAAAGUACUGAUCUAAAGGAUGAAGAUAAUAAAGUGAAUCUUGCCGUUAAAAAGAAGCUGUUGAAACAAAACCACGAUGUAGGCUCACUGGGUACGUUGUUAGAUAAUAUCGAAUCUUCAUCGGAUGUUCUAGGAAGUGAUCCAAAGAAAGAAGAAUCAGAUUUGAAGCAAAAAGUGGGUGAAUCGAAAAAAGAAUUAUCUCCACUAAAUGAAGAUGUAGUGUUGAUAAACAAUAGCAAAGUGAGUUUAAAAUCGUUGAAGAAGCUCCAGAAACAAUCGAAUGUACUCGAUAAUAGUGGCGAUAACAGUUACAGCACAACUAAUGACAUCUCGGAAUUAGCUCGAGAUACGGAGAGCGAUCGCAUAAUGAGUGAUAAUAACGAUAACAGCUCUAGAAGCGAUGUUGCUUCCAAACCGAUGGAUAGUGAUAAGGAAGCAUCCCUUCAAAAAUUAUCAUCAUUAAUGUUAAGAAGUAGAAGUGCAGAAAUAGAGGAGAAGAACGUACAAAGUGAAGAUAAGCCUGAAUUUGCUAGUCUUGGCGUAGUGAAGCUAUGCAAUGAGCAAUCAUCAGAGGUACAUGACUCAAGUGUGGAAGAAGAUAACUCUAUAGAAGAAAUGUUGAUGUCUAAUGCCUCAGUUGACAUAUUGGCAGUGAAUGAAAUGGUUCUGUCAGAAAACCAGCAGUUGAAAGAAGAUUCAAGUGAUAGUAAUCUAUCUGGUGAUUUAAAGGAAAAAAUAUUGACUUCAAGCAAAUCUUUUGAAGAAAUUAAAUCACAGCAUGAGCUAGAUGUACCUGCCGACAAUCUUGAGGGAAAUAAACCUGUAGUUGUUAAACAGAUGGAAAAAGUUGUUGACAUCAAGGAAGCGUUAGAGGACAUCUCCGAAGAGUCAGAACAAACACUGACCAACUCCAACCACUCGGAAAGUCGCCCGAAUACCGAUGACGAACAAUCAAAACCUCUAGCUGUGGUAGAGAAAGGUAAAGAGAUACGCAAAAUACUGGAGGAAAAAUUACUACACAAGCAACUUAACAUUGAAAGUACUAUUUAUGAAGACAACAAGGAAAACAUUCCGGAUUCUUUGAGUGUAAAUAAAAGUUUUGAUUUGGACAGUGUUGUGAGCCUGAACAUGUUCCAGGCAAUGAAUAACGAAAUAAAGCAAUUGCAUGAAAUAAUUGCUACCAAAGACAUGAUGUUAGAAGCCUAUUCUACCAGAGAUUCUUUGAAAGAAACUCGACUAGAAUCUCUAAGAGACCCACAGAGAAGUAGCGACUCAAGUAGCUUAGCUACCAAUUCCACUGAGUACAGACCUUUGAACGAUGAGACUGUAUCCAAGAAAGAACUCCUCCAAAAAGUCGCCGACCAAAAUCAGUGGAUUGUUACACUCGCAGAAAAGCUUCAAGAAAUCAAUCAAGCACGAGAGAUGGAGCGAUCAGAAAGUAUCAAAUUAGUAGCGGAAGUCAAUCGUCUCACAAAGCAACUGGCUGAAAAUGCUGAUACAAUCAAACAGAGACCGCAUUGGAUGCGUGAUCAGGAAAGUACGGGACAAAGAAUAUCGGAGAUUUCUAUAGAUUUAGUCAGCGAAACCGAUGAUGCCUUAUCGGAUUUUCCAGAUUUAUAUGAGGAGCGCUCAAACAGAAAUUCACGGGAACGUCAACUGGAUUUAAAUUUGGACAUUGAUUAUUCGGAACAAAAUCCUCUUCAUAUUCCUACUGCAAUCAGCAAGCAAUUGGAACAAUUCAGAAAGUAUUUAUCAGCAGAUGAAUUGAGGCUAUUCAACAUGGUGCAAGGUAAAUUCGACGAUUAUUUGCAGCAGGAACUAGACAAAAUGAAAACAACUAGUGAAGAAGAACUCAAAAUCAUUCAAGAACGGUUGGUCUCAGAGAAAAACGAACAUGACGCAGAAGUGAGCCGACUACGGCAACUAUUAUCAAACGUGAAAAGUGGAUCCGUAGAGAUCGAAGAUUUGAAAAGUGAGCUUGAGGCUCGCCAUACUCAAGAGAUGGAUGAUCUACGAACAUAUUUCCAGGAAAAGGUUGCCGAAUUCGAAAAGCAAUAUUCUGAAAAGGUGCUUUCGCAACAUAGCAGACAAAUGUCUAACGACACUGCGUCUGACAUAUCAGACCAAGAAGAAUUUCCAGAAGAGAACGGCGGUUAUCAUUCUAAGCACACCAGUCCAAAACGCAAGGCUAAAGAAGAUAUCUAUCUCAGCCCAACGCAUAGGAAAAUUACUCCAACUACUAUUGACACCACUGAAAGUAGUGCGGACGAAGUAAUGGAAUUUCCCAUGGAGGAAGAAGAU